GCCCGUCCCUCCUGCUGCCUGCUGCCCCCCCCCCCUCCCGCCCUCCUCCUUCGCGCUCGCUUGGCUCGAGAGCCACUGCGGCUCAGCAUCCUUGUGCUCGACGUGCACCUUUGUCAGGCAGGCGAUCUCCUCCCAUCAAAGAGCAAGUUCGGCAGAGACGCAAUUUCGGGGAGCUCCGCGCGGAUUGUUUGGAUCGGUGUUGGGCUCCCCUGGCGGCGCUUCCAGCGCCGAUCCAAGAAAUCCGCGCUGAGCUCCGAGAGAUUCUGCUUUUGCCGCUUCUUGUUCCUCGGCGGUGGGGGCGCUCGUGAAGGAAGAUGCCCCGGAGGCUUCAGACCCUGGAGGGCUCCUUACCCAAUGAGGGCGGUGAUGCUAUCCAUGGCCACUCCACGAUUGGAGGUCCACCGGCUUCCAGACCUUUGCCCUCACCGCCACCUGCCCCGUGUACAGCCACCCUGCUCCCACUCGUCCGACGAGGCCUGCAUGGAGCUCUCGCUGGUGCAGCAGCGCCCCCCCUUCAGGGCGCAGAGCAGCACCGGCACGGGGAGACGACGGGCCGUGCGUGGGCGUGCGCCGUGGGCGAGGUGGACCUCCGACCAGCCGUGCCUCCUGACGCAGGCGAGCAGUCGUGCCAGUGGGCGUCACCACAGUAUUUCACCUAGCUGUCCGCCCGCUUCAAGUGGUUGGUUGCCUCUCCAGCACGAGUUCUCGAACGCCUGACCUCGGACGGAGGCUUCGGCGGCGUUGUGAGACCCGCCGCAAAGUUCAGCUGGCCGACCAGCUGGACUACAUCCCUUUUGCACGGUUUUUUUUUUUGUUCCGAGCCCCCCCCAGCACCCCACGUCGGCUGGACCUUGUAUCCCCGAUAGGACCGAUCGGAACAUGGUUCACAGCGGAUCCCCCGAUGGAUUAAGGAACUCCCCCUAUUCCGAAAGGGCUUGAUCCUUAGUUCACCGGAGGCGUAUCGGGGUAGUUUGCGGGGUGCUAUUUUUAAUUUUGUUUCCGUGCCCCACCAAUCGAGGGACACCCUGGCGGGCCCCUCAAUGACUCGGACCGCAGCUGCAGCGGCUGCUGGUCCAGCGCCUGGCCAGCAGGCUUGCCAUUCGACCACUGGCUGUUUAGCACAGCCGGGCUCUCCUCCGCCUCGACAGCGUCCUCCUCUCGGAAAACAGAGCUUCUACCUUGCUGCUGCUGCUGUUGCUCCUCCUGCCCUUCAUCCUCGUCGUGUUACGCCUGCUUGGCCCGCCGGGACUCCUGUGCCCUUCCAGGAAGCGUUAAUCUUCCUUCGCCUUUUUCAUUCUCCGGUGCGGCCCACCAAUGCCGGGGGAACCGUCUGGUGCUGGAGAUGCGCAACCGAACCAGUUGAAGCGGCAAGCCCUUUUUUUCCAGAUGUGAGCCCAUCAGCCUGUGGGCGUGUAUACCAGUAGAUUUUCACCCAGUCGCCCUCAGGUGGCCUGGUCUCACCUCCAGCAGCAGUUCUCGGACGCCCGUCCUUGCGACGGGCCGAGGCCUGUGCGAACCUUGGGACCCUGGAGUGCCAGCUGCUGCAGCCAACCAAUUGCCACGGGAGUCGCCUGUUUCUGAAUACCAGGACGUCAGUUGGUGUGGCUUCGUUUGAAGAGAUUCGAAAAA